UAGAACAAAACUAAACUGGUACUUCCAGCGGUUACCACAUUGCAUAUAAAUGAGCAAUUUAUCCAGCUCACUAUAUAUACUGCAAGUAGUCGGCUAACAACUCAAGAAUCAGGAACGUCACCUACGAUAACAUCGAUGGACGUUGCGGCUCAAUGAAUUGACAAUAGUUAGCUCAGCAGUACCGGGUAUUCCUGAAAGUGGGCGGGACCUGUAUCACCUACAUGAGUGAUGGCAGUGCCGCCGCCGCCGCCAGGAAAUUUGAAUUUUCGACUGUCAGAGGUGAAGACUAUGUCUCUUGAUGCAGAGGAGCAAGAUGAUGAAUUACUUGCUUUGGCAAGUAUCUAUGUGGAUGCUUUUACUUCAGCCCAAGAUCAAGAUGAGGAAGAAAUCAGGAAGGGUGGUGAGCUAGCAAUCCUUUUAGAUCUUCCACCAGAUUUUUCCCUGAUUGAAAAGCAGACUAGAGAGAAUGGUGUGGUUCAUGAGGAGAAACACUUUGUGGAACAUUUGCCCCCAGUCUAUGUUCAUUUUACUUUUCCUCCUUCAUAUCCAUCAACUUUGCCACCUUCAUUUACUCUCUCUUGCAAGUGGUUAAAUAGAGCACAAUUGACACAACUUUGCCAUGAAUUAGAUCGACUGUGGGAAGAAAACAAAGGUGAUGUUAUCAUGUUUACGUGGUCACAGUUCCUGAAGGAUGAAACUUUGAACCUUCUAGGGAUCAUUGAUGUGCUAAAUGUGGAAACCAUUAGACCUGUGAGGCAGUCGUCAAUCUGUAUCGCACAAAAUAGCCCAGAUACAAACCAGGACAGUGGUAUUGUGCCUGAUGAUGAAGCAAGAGCUCAACUUUGUAGUGUAGAUGGUGUAGAUAGUGAGAGUGAUAAGAGUAAUGCUGUAACUGGGGCUAUCAGCUUGGUAGUGUCAAGACAGAAUAGUCAGACUUAUGACUGUAGAACUAUUCAAGACAUUGCCCCAAAGACAAACCUACUGAAACUUCUCAGAGACUAUGAUGAAGAAAUGAGACAAAAAGUCUUUACCACCAGGAACUUUGAAUGUAAAGUUUGUUUCAUGGAUAAGUCUGGUGCACAUUGCCUUGAGUUUUGGCCUUGUAGACAUGUAUAUUGCAAGGAUUGUAUGUCAUCUUAUUUUGAGGUGCAGAUCAGUGAAGGGAAUAUAAAGUUUCUCAGAUGCCCAGAAGAUAAGUGUGAAUCUGAGGCUAACCCCAAGCAGGUCCAAGAGUUAGUUCCUGAAACCUUAUAUCAGCGUUGGGAAGAAAUGCUAUUGAACUCUACUCUUUCUUCACUUGGUGACAUACAAGUUUGCCCUCGUAUGCACUGCCAGUAUCCAGUUACCAUUGAAGAUCGGCAAGGUCAUUGUCCUUCCUGCAAGUUUGUCUUCUGUGGGCUUUGCAGGUUUGGCUGGCAUGGUGUUGAACCAUGUCGCCUAAGGAAGGGUGAGCUCAAAGACAUCAUGGAAUCAUAUUUAAAUGGGGACCAGGAAGUCAAGCGAGGUUUGGAAGAGCGGUAUGGAAGGAAGUAUAUAAGUAACUUAAAGGAUGAAUAUCUGUCCAUGAGUUACUUGGAACAGAAUUCCAAGAGCUGUCCCAAAUGUGGAGCCAAGAUUGAGAAAGUUAAUGGUUGCAAUAAAAUUACCUGUUGGUGCGGCAUUCAUGUCUGUUGGCUCUGCUUGAGGAAACUGAAGUGCAAUGAUCCUUACAGUCACUACAACGAAGAGACUUCUCCCUGUUUUGAACUUCUAUUUGAUGGAAUGGAGGUUCAGGAAAUUCCUGAAGAAAAUGACAUUUGGAAUGAUCCAGAGUUAAAACAGGGAAUGGUGCAUUCGAUGGGAUUGGCAAGUGUAUUCCCUACUGGUAUGACUGUUACAACAUCCCUGUCAGGCAAGGUGUUAUUUAUAUCUCUCCUCCUCCUCUCUACUUGUAAUGGUUCAAGUCGAUAAUGACAGCCCUGUUUCCAAGUGAAGGCAAUGUCUGAUGCAGAGGACUAAAGUUUGUGCCAGUGUCUUCUCUAGCCCACCAAUACAUCGAAAUGGACAGCAAACCUUUCUACUCUCUUGGGCAACUGGCUGGACCCUUCCAUGGCUACUGGAAUGAUAAGGUAAUCUGGGCUUUGAGGUUUAGAUGGAACUCAAUAAUGGUAUAAAGAGCAAUGGUGCCUCCUCUGAUGUUGCUGGGUAUAUGACUUUUGUUGCUGGUUUGAGUAAAGACCUAUGCUGAUAUGGAGAUUUGGGAGAAAAACAUGGAGGAUGACAAUGCUUAUAAGGUGGAAGAACUGAGAUUAAAGUCUGUCGCGAUGCAAGUGAUGGAGUUAGCUUCCUCCAGUUUAUAAACCAAAGCUUCUGGGCGCCAUUCAGGGACCGAGGAGUCAGCGAAGUCAGGUAGCCCAAGUUUUUUAAUCACUAUUGCCAUCUGAUAAAAAUGUAGAGAAUAUGAAGGACAAAAACCCAUUCAAAAGGAUGAGAUGGCAGGUCAUACCUGUCCCUUGGACAGAGAUAAGGCACUUACUGCCAUGAACCAACUCUGCCCACACACUUUUCCCUCAUGAUGCCUUAUGUAAAGGCCAAGGGGAGGGGUCUGUCUUGGAAAUGUUGCUGACCCAGUUGAGAUUUCUUGAUGAAUGCAGAAGUCCUAUUCCGGUUUUUCUUUUUUGUGGAAAACAAAGGCUAAAACAACUGUACUUGGUGGAGUUGAAUCUUGUCCUCUGGGGGCAUUCUGGGUGCCAGGGGUACCCCAUUGUUUCCUAAAGCUGGAAGGACCAACCAUUGGAUUCCUGGGAGAAGCCAAACUUCUCAGUGGUCAAGCAGGAACAGCAGGAUGAGGAUCAGAAGAGAAACAAUCAUGUUGCUGGGAAGAAAUGUCACAAAACAAAAAGAAAUAAAAAAAUGAGAUACAGUGCAGUGCAACUGCCAGACUAGCACCACCAAAAGGGAAUGAUGAGCAAAUUAGAAGUAUGUUAAGCAUAAGAGGAAUCUCUUUUGGAAGAUUGACAAUUGUCAGGCUAAUAGUACUGUGUCUGAAUGACUCAAAAGAGCAUCUUUUGCUGUGGUGGCCAAAGGAGGAGCAACUUGAAUUGUGGCAGCACCUUGGGGUGAAAGUGCUGUGUUGUACAUGAGGUUGCUGACAAUCACGCAGUAGAAGGUUCCACUACUUGCAGGUUUAGGGACAGAUUUUUCAUUCUCAGGGAGGCUUGAGACUAACAGAGAAUUGUCAAAGGCAGAGCAGGAAUUGCAGGCAUGAUCAUGCAUGGAGGCAUAGCUGCAAUUGCUUGACAGCUGGCAAGGAAAUAGAGACCUGGAUGGAUGUCACGGCUGCCAUAAGAGACGCUGAAGACAUGUACAUACUGCUGGUGAAUAAAUAGAAUUGGAUACCUGCAGGCACUGCUGGAGGGUCUGUGGAGGUAGAAAGGGUUGCAAUCAAUUUAUUCACAAGUGACCCAACUACGAACUGAUCUUGAAACCCCAAACAAACCUCUUCCAUCAGUCUACAAAUAAUGUAUCCACAACCUCCAGAAACAAACACUGAGAUGGAGUGACUAAAAAUCGUAGGUGCUGGUGAAAUCAGAGAGUCAAAGGGUGAAGGAAAAUCCUUCCCAGGAGUGACAGAACGGUAAUCUGGAGCCAGCAACCUCCCACCACAGCAAGUCCUCAACAAAAGACCAUAGCCUACUUGUACAGCUCUUGGGUUAAGGGGGGGAGACAGAAGUCAUUCAAAUAAACCCCUGGCCACACCAACAAAUCAAGAGGCAUCUACUGUGGCCUUUGGAGCAUGACACUCAUUAGUAUAAAGUAGCCAUUGAUCCAAGGCUAAUCGGUACAUACUGGAUAAGUCUGUUGCAGUGAUAACUUGGCCUUGACAAGUGUGCGCUGUACAUGCAGGUUCUUAUCUAAUAAGGACAUAGAAGAGCUGCAUACCUCGCCCUAUACUGGUAUGCUAAGGCAUAAUAUUGUACACAGAAGUAAUUGUAGAAAAUUCCUCAUUCCCUAUGAAGAUAAAAGCAGAGAAAAUAAUCAGCAAUCACACAAAAACUUUCAGUGCAAAUUUUGAAACUAGAUCAUGAGAAAUAAAUGGAGAAUGAACUGGAAAUGAGGAACUGCUUCACUGAGAAAAUCUGGAAUGGUGAACUGAUAAGAACAACUUGCAGUUACCAAAAUCACCAGUGCUGAAAAUUUGCAACAAUAGUGUCAAUUAAGGAAUCCCAUUUAUUGUGACAGUGAUUCAAUCCUAAAAGGAAAACUUAACAGCUACUAACAUUCAGUGAAUAAUUAUCUCACUAGCUUGAAAACAAGAGAGCCAAGUAAAAUAAAGCUCACUGGUUACUACCAAUACGAAAAACAUUGAAAUAAGGAAUUAAGGAAUAUGAAUGGCACCAUGAAACAAAGUGC